AUGAAACUCAUAGAUAUAGCUAAGGAUCUUCCUCGCAACGCAUCAGCUAACAGCCGCAUCGACACAGCUCACAGAUAUUACACCUCAGUCGAGAGUCGCGACAUGCACGAUCAGAUGGCAGACAUACAGGUGUUCCACGCAUGCGCACGCCUCUACGACAUCAUGUUCACGGCUCCAAGAAUUCUCGCUCAGCUUGGAAAACUCGAUGACCUCACACCACGAUUGCUUGUGAGGAAAUUGAAUAUAAUGGAAAUUAAACCAGUGCACCUCGGGGUAACACUCCUUGUACAGUAUCACCUCAGGAACACAGUAAAUUUUGCUGUCAGAACGAAAGCUGUAGAAGUUUUGUCGACUCGACCUCAAGAAGUCGGGCCACAAGUGGUCGACAUGUUGAAGGCCCUAGCAGCGAAGCUGCUACCUGUAGCUGAACUGUUGGAUGUACACCUGGCACACGCCAGUCCAGCAUUUAAAGACACCUGCCCGUCUACGUGGCUUGGAAUAGUCAACAAUAAAUCACUUUAG